GCAUGAUUUGGAAUUGAACGGACCGAUGCUUUCUGCCUUAAAUGUUGAAGAGGAGUGUGUGAAUUUUGACGAUUAUUUUUCGCAAUGUAUUUGGAAGAUGUGGCAUCUCUUUGCGAAUGUUUCACUUUUCAGGUACAGAGCUGUUUGCCUUGCUGCUGAUGGUGUUGGAGUGGGGCCGACCAGUUCUGCUGUCUCCUCUGAGACCCAUCUGUGACCUGCGGGUCCUCGACCACUUCAUCAAGGAGGCACAAGACGCAGAGGUUGCCAUGCGGUCGUGUCGAGAAGGAUGUGGCCUUGCCAUGCCUGUCACCGUUCCCCAGACGAGGGUAGACUUUGCUGCCUGGGAAACGAAAAAUACUGUGGAGCAGGCUCGGGAGGUGCAGGCGGGCUUGUGGCUGCUCAACCAGGCCAUGGGCUCACUACAAGCCUCGGGCAGCAACGCCGCACUGCGCAGCCACACGGACAGCGCCCUGAGGAAUAUGCUGAGCAUAGGGCAGGUGCUGCGCAGCCUGAGCAUCCAGGAGUUCACCACUCCGGGCGCGCUCCGUGCCGAGGAGACAUGGCGUGUGUCCACCGCCUCGGAGCUACUCCAGGUCCACGUCAACUUCCUGCGCGGCAAAGUACGCCUCCUGCUGUCCAACGCACCUGCCUGCCACCAAGGCGUAAGCUGAUUGGUCUUCCUCACCCAAAGGCUGUGCCUAAGCCAAUUGGAACUUCCCAUGGCAAAGGGGCCGGAUUAGACCUUAAGACCCUGUUUAUUGCCUGUGGAGGUGUGUGGACUGAUGUCCU